AAGCAUCGGCAUCCAUCAGUACAACUAAUAGUUGUACACAUACAUAAAUAGUGCUAAAGAAAUUUGCCAGCCUGAAAUAGCCCACUCCCUCAAAGGCACAAACACUCACACACUUUCUCUCUCUAUCUGUCAAUCAUCACACUUUUUCUUCGCACAAUCAGCUGAAUCUCUCCAUAUUCUCCUCCUCCUCCGUCACAACUGGAAAUAAAUUCCGCCGGAAAACGAUUCUCCGGCUAAGCUCGCCGGAAAUGUGGAAAAUGCGUUCUGUUUUAUGCCUCCUGCUACUUUGUUGUUCAGCUGCAUUUGUUGCUGCUCAAAGAUCUAGGAAUGUAACCUCUAAAUGGCAAACACUGAGAGGAGAUGCACCAAAAGUCAUAGCUCGUGGAGGAUUUUCUGGGUUACUUCCUGAUUCAAGCUAUAAUGCCUAUGCUUUGGCACAAGCAAUUAGCUUGACCAAUUGGGUUGCUUGGUGUGAUGUUCAACUUACAAAAGAUGGGGUUGGCAUUUGUUUUCCUGAUAUCAAGCUUAACAAUGCUUCUGACAUCGAUGCUUUCUUCCAAAACAAGCAGAAUAACUACUCGGUGAAUGGAGUUCCUCAGAAAGGAUGGUUUUCUAUAGAUUUUACCUUCAAGGAUUUGGAGCCUAUCAGCUUGAAACAAGGAGUGUAUUCACGGUCGCCUAGAUUUGAUGGCACUCCCCAGCAAAUUCUUACUGUCCAGGAAGUAGCUACCCAAGUCAAACCUCCAGAAUUAUGGUUGAAUUUCCAGCAUGAUUCCUUCUACAGCCAGCACAAUCUGAGUAUGAGAAGCUUUGUUAUUUCCCUAUCUAGAAGUGUUAUUGCCAACUAUAUUUCAUCACCUGAGGUGAAUUUCCUCCAAAAUAUCGCAUCGCGAUUGAAUCCACGAGUGACAAAACGUGUUUUCCGGUUUCUCAACGAGGAUGAUAUUGAGCCAUCAACAAGUCAAACAUAUGGUUCUCUAGUAAAGAAUCUCACAUUUAUUAAAACCUUUGCCGCUGGGAUUCUUGUUCCCAAACACUAUAUCUGGCCAACGGACAGCUUGUACUUGCAGCCACAUACUUCGGUUGUUUUGGAUGCUCAUAAGGAAGGUCUUGAGAUUUUUGCAGCCGACUUUGUUAAUGACGUACCUUUUGCUUAUAAUUAUAGCUAUGAUCCUGUAACUGAGAUUUUAUCCUUUAUUGACAACGGUGAGUUCACGGUGGACGGAGUGCUAUCUGACUUCCCAAUGACUCCAUCUGUUUCAGUAGAUUGCUUCUCGCAUUUGGGUAAGAAUGAUAAGCCUCAAGCAAAGCUUCAGAUUAUCGCACCUCUAGGAGCAAGUGGUGACUAUCCUGGUUGUACAGAUUUAGCAUAUACAAAAGCUGCUUCAGAUGGUGCAGAUAUUCUCGGCUGUCCUGUCCAAAUGACAAAAGAUGGAAUACCCUUCUGCCUUGGUUCGAUAAAUCUGAUAGACACGACGACUGCGGCCCAAUCGCCAUUCAACAGCAUCUCUACCACUGUUCCAGAGCUUCAGAUAAAAGAUGGAAUACUCACCAUCAACCUUAGCUGGAGCGAUAUUCAUCAAACACUGAAACCGGCAAUAUCACACAAGUAUUCAUCCUUUAGAUUGUCACGGAAUCCAAACGCCAGAAAUGAUGGAAACUUUAUGUCGUUAGCGAACUUCUUGGCAUUUUCCAAAAAUGCUACUGUUUCGGGUGUAAUGAUCAGCAUAGAGAAUGCUGCAUACCUGGCAAAGCAGGGAUUAGGUGUAACUGGUGCUGUUUUGGACGCCUUAAGCAAAGCUGGUUACAAUAAUCAGACUGCUAAGAAAGUUAUGAUCCAAUCAAAAGAGAGUUCUGUUCUGGAAGAAUUUAAGAAGAGUAGUUAUGAACUUGUUUAUUUGGUUGACGAUGAUAUCAGUGAUAUCAAGAACUCAACUUUAUUGGAGAUCAAGACCUUUGCAAAAUCUGUUGUCAUAACCAAGACAUCAGUCUUCCCCAGCGAAGACGCUUUUAUCAUUGGUCAAACGAACGUUGUGCAGAAGCUGCAGUCAGCAAAUCUCCCAGUAUAUGUACAACUAUUUAAUAAUGAGUUUGUAUCUCAAGCAUGGGAUUUCUUCUCAGAUUCAUCUGCUGAGUUAAACAACUAUGUUCUUGGAGCUGGCGUUGAUGGUCUUGUUACAGAAUAUCCUCUCACAGCGGCUAGAUACCGAAGGAACCGUUGUUUAGCGUACAAAAACUUGCCACCAUAUAUGAGCCCUGUUCAACCUGGGAGUCUCCUGGGACUCAUGACUCCUCAGUCUAUGCCACCAGUCGAACCUCCCUACCCCAUGCUCAAUGACAGUGAUGUGACUGAGCCGCCUCUUCCACCUGUUGCAAAGAUAAACCCAAGUAAUGACAAUGGUUCUACAGCUAGAGCUCCCGCUACUGCUCCAAAUGGCCAAUCCUCAGUUGUUGCUAACAUUGUCAUGAGCUCAGUUGCAGUUCUUCUUGCAAUUACCAUGGUAUAUUGAUGACCAUUUCUUCCUUGGUGCCACCAUUUUGUACAAUUUGUUUUGCCAUCUUACUGAUCAAACCUCUGGUGAUUAUGGAGUCGCACAUGAUGGCGGCGGUAGUCUUGGAUCAGGUCGUUUAACACGUGAUUGUUUCCUUGUAUUUUCAAUGGAUCAAAUUUUUCAGCUCUUGUUUAUUCUUUACAUUCUUCCUUUUUUCUAUUUUUCAUCCCUUUCCUCUCCUAUUUAACCAUUUUGGGUCAGAUUGAGUGGGUGUUUGGGGUUUAUUACCUAUUUAUUUGUAAGAAUUCUGUAUUUUGGAUAUAAGCAAUGAUCAAUGUUAGUAUUUUUCAUACA